GGAUCCAUUUGUCUUCGUAAUCGCUGUCGUUGUCAUCCACACUACAUCGAAGCAAAUGACGAAAAAGGAAGGAAUAUAAGAUGUGUGCCACUUCCUGCUAAAGUUGGAGCUCCCUGUACGAAUAAAUGUCGAGAGCCGUUAUUCUGUCGGAAUGGCGAAUGUCAAUGUGUUCAACGAGGGACGACAAGGAUAAGCAAUGGAGAAUGUGUUACAAGUUCACGGGUUGGUGAUCGUUGUUCGCGACACUAUGACUGUACAUCGCCUUUUUCUGCUUGUCUGAAUUCACAAUGUGUCUGUAUUUCUGGAACCAUUCAGCAGGGUUCACGCUGCGUUGCCGCUGCGAACUGCCCUCUUGGAGGACUCCCAGGACAGCGUUGUGUGAUCAAGACUGAACCAGCACUUGCCUUUAAUCUACCGUCAGACCAAGAUGACUGUCCUCCUGGUCAGUACUGUGUGGCUGCUGCUGAUUCACCAGUCGGGCACUGUUGCCCUGUAGUCUGUCCAUUAGCCAGCCAUGUUGACACACAGUUCUCGUGUGAUCCGAAUUCGACGCAACCUCUCAGAUGUCCAAGCGAUACCCACUUCUGCCACUUGCUAUCAGGUACACACAAUGAUAAACAAGACCAGAGGUUGUGA